GCGGAGUCGUCGAGUUGCCAGCGGAGUCGUCGAGUUGCCAGCGGCGACAGGCUCGUGACAUCCAAUGCCAACUGCUUUUGCUGCCUUGCCUGCAUCCUACCUUGCCUGGCUUACCUAGGUCAGAUAGCUUGGCCUGACGGAUCGGAUACUAUUUGCCGUUCAUCCCAGCAACUUCAAUCUUUUUCCUUGAUAUGACAUCUCUUUUCGUCUUUGCUUUUACUACUCAUCUUGCAAAAGUCUCGCGAGCACGGGCUUAAAAACCUGCAAACGCCAAAAAAUUUCCGCAAAACCCGAUCGGGGGCUUGGGAUUGGAUUCCUUGUUCUUUUGUUUACUAACGGUCGCUUUUCUGUAGUUCGCAAAUAGCUGAUACCACUGCGACGCUACGCUACCUUGACCAGGGUCCACCGCGCGCCGUUCCAACUGCCCAUUCAUUCUCCAUCUCGCUUCGAGCAGUUUCUGCGACAUCUCUCUCUAUCUUGUCUCAAAAGUUCGCGACUUCUUAGUGCAUAGUUCAACACAGCACUGAAAAUCCACCUCCCAAAAGUCAUUCGUCCAUCAGCACCGGCGCGGCUUGCUGCCGAAAAGCCGCAUACCUCAUGGCGUCGUCGAGAUCGAGAUCUCGCCGCAACAGCGACUUGUCUGAUGCACCCUCGCCAACCGACACGCGAGCACCAUCAAGGCGCGAAACAGGCCCUAGUACCAACAUAUCCACCCAAGAUUAUGGUCUUUCUGAGAGCUUCCAGUCCACCGAUACCGUCCGGAGAAGACCGGAAGCUGGCUAUGGCAGCAUGAUCUCACCAACACCUGGGAACCUGCAACCCCAGGCAGAAGGCUCCACGUCCGACCGUCCUCAAGGGGGAAGUCGAUCAAGCCAGCCUGCCAUGAGGUCUCCCAUGAUAGGUGGCGACCGAGCAAGAUUGAACCCCAGGAAGCCACCCAUUUCUCGUCGUGCAAGCUCUAAUACGCAAGCUCCCCAUCGAGGUGAAGUCUUUUCGGUCGACGACGCCACCGACGAGGUUGAGGCCCAACGCCAAGGCAGCUACACCCACUCAACCACGCGGAGGCGUACCGCAGCACCUCCGAUUCUGUCUAGGGUGCAUUCGCGAACGAGCAAUGUUGAGGAGGAGGAUGAAGACUCUGAACAACCGCAAGCCCACUCAACCAGGCCUAGUAGCAGGGGGAAUAUGGACCGUCCCAAUGACGACAAUGAGGAGCACCUCCUAGACCUGAGCGACGGUGGGGAUGAUGUCGAGGAGGACCACGUUAGUGAAGAGGAUGACGAUGGCGACUUGAGCGACGCAGAGAGCUUUACCCUCAAGGAUAGGCAGCAAGCCAUCAACGAAACACAUCCCUUCGGUAUACGGCUAUGGAAGCCUGCACUGUACAAGAAAGAUCGUUCAGUCCAGAAGACGGCUGAGGGAGAUAUUCACUCAACGCCUGGCGGCCGGGUAAGCAGCUGGCUUCUGCUGUUCAACUUGAUCUGGACCCUAUGUUUCGGAUGGUGGAUGGCUGCCAUUGCAUUCAUUGGAGCAGUUGUUUGCUUCCUGUUUGCGGCCGCGCCCAGCGGCCGUGAGUACGGGCGCAUACUCUGGGGCCUGGCAGGCUAUCUGUUCUACCCAUUUGGCAAGUUCAUCAGUCUUGAGCAGCAAGAGGCGUAUCUGGACGAGGAUCAGGGCGAAGGGCGCAGCAUCAGCGAAUAUGAGCAAUGGCAGAGUGGAGACCUCGAGUACGGCCGUCUCUUCUUUGGGCCUGACCGCAACCGAUCCAUCGUCGGUCGCUCGCGCAGGAGCAUCGACUCAGCUCCCAGUGAGACGGACAGCCUCCUCGGUGGACGUUCAGCUCGGAGUGCCAAUCGCUCGGACUCGGAUCUCCCGUCCUCCAAGAGGCGCCUGUUCGGGCGUGGCAAGUGGACCAUUGGCCGCGUGAUUUUCUUCUUGUUCUUCUACCUCCUUCUGAUGCCAUCUUUGUUCAUCGUGUCUGGGAUCUGCUGGCUUCUGGUUUUCUGGAUCCCCAUGGGAAAGGUAACCAUGCUCUUGAUAGACCACUUGAGGCGGCAUCCGCUGGCACUGAACUUUGGGUCGGAUAUCUCGCUGGCUCGUGACCCUGACACGCCACAUUCGUCAACCAUAAUCGUGUGCACCUACAGAGCUGUGGGCUCCAAGUACUGGAAGUACACGGUGGACGGCACAAACAUCUUCUUGAUCAACCUCAUGGCAGUCGUGCUGUUUGUUGUCCUCGACUGGCUUGUAUUGGCCGGAGUGUUCCAUGUGGAUAACUUCUUGACUUCGCAAGCCUUCCUGUUCGUGGCAGGACUCUUCUCCAUCAUUCCGCUGGCUUACUUCAUCGGACAGGCAGUGGCGUCUAUUUCUGCACAGUCGUCCAUGGGUCUCGGCGCUGCGAUCAAUGCCUUCUUCUCGACAAUCGUCGAGGUUUUCCUGUAUUGUGUUGCGCUCAAGCAAGGCAAAGGCCAGCUUGUGGAAGGCAGCAUUGUGGGCAGCAUAUUCGCCGGUGUGCUAUUCUUGCCUGGGCUAUCGAUGUGCUUUGGUGCGAUAAAACGCAAAACGCAAAGGUUCAACGCGCGCUCCGCUGGUGUUACUUCGACAAUGCUUCUUUUCGCUGUCAUUGGAGCUUUCGGGCCUACCUUGUUCUACCAGAUAUACGGCACUCACGAGCUCAACUGCCUCGACUGCGUCAGCUUUGUUGAAGGCGCUCCUCACGACCCUCGUGCACGGGAUUGCCGACGCUGCUUCUUCUCCCAAACUCCGGCACUUGACGAUCGCUUCUAUCUCGAGGCAGUCCGCCCCUACUGUUACUUGGCAGCAUGCAUGCUUUUCUUCUCAUACAUCAUCGGUCUCUGGUUCACCCUCCGUACGCAUGCAGCGGUGAUCUGGAACACUGAGAUUGAUGAGAAAAAACACGAGGACCAUCCCCACUUCCAUCAGCCCGCUCGCUCCGUGAUGCAUUCCGUCGCCGACACGACCGGUACCGACAUUCGCGACACGAACGCCUACAAGCGAAUUUUAGGCCACUCCCUUAGGCAGGCUGGGCUACACCCUCACGACAGCAUCGGCGGCUCGUCCAGCGGCACUGCUACCGGGACGAAUGGGCGCGGCAACGGCUCUGCGACGACUCCACAUCUGGUACCGCCCAAGGGAAGCAUGUCCUCGGACCACGGAGUUCAUAUCCCCGGGCUUUCGGAGGCGGAGAAUCAGUGCUUGGUUCAACAGGUAGCAGAGAUUGCGGCCACGGCGGCCACAGUUGCCGUCCUUCCUAGGGCGACUUCUACGCGCAACGUACAUGGUUCCGGGCACAGGACCUCGCAGACGCCGACUCCGGCUCUGCGCAGUGUUGCUACAUUUCCCACUGAAGACGAAGCUACCGCUCAGGCGCAUGCAGCCCACAGUACAGCAGCCGGUGGUGGAGGACAUGGGCACGACGCGCCCAACUGGAGCAGACUCAAGUCGUCGGUCAUUCUCAUGGGUGCUACUGUUCUUUACGCCAUCAUUGCCGAGAUCCUGGUCGACUCGGUUGAUUUUGUGCUCGAGGGCUACUCUAUUGACGAGAAGUUCCUUGGAAUUACCCUGUUUGCACUUGUUCCAAACACCACCGAGUUCCUGAAUGCCAUCUCUUUUGCUAUGAACGGUAACAUUGCACUGUCCAUGGAAAUCGGAUCGGCAUAUGCGUUGCAGGUCUGUCUAUUGCAGGUACCUGCUCUGGUUCUUUAUUCGGCAUUCUACUCGCCAACAACACCCCCGGUUGAAGGGCCAGAGGGGGACCUUGCUCGUUAUACAUUUUCUCUACUGUUCCCGCAAUGGGACAUGGUCACUGUUAUUCUUUGCGUCUUCCUGCUUAGCUACAUGUACGGCGAGGGGAAGAGCAACUACUUCAAGGGCAGCAUCCUGCUUCUCAGCUACCUGGUUGUCAUUGUCGGUUUCUACUUCAGCGGCUAUACUGCGGGCGCGAACGACCUUGGCAUCACCAGGUUUGACAGGAUGGGCGGUGAUGGUGCAUACGUUAGCCACACCGACUCGUUCAAAACUAUUGGGAGAAAGAGCAGCGGGUUUGCUUAUUAACGGCCAGCAAGGGACGUGAUCAAGCUUGAGCGCGAAGUACAGCUCGCGCGAUUGUUGCCUUGCGGCUCCCGCUUUGACGGCAUCUGCAGCUUUCCAGUGGGGGCCGAGCCGGGGUGGGCACAAGACCGUCCCGGCUGCCGAUACGAGCUCCAGUCGGAAGUUCGUUGCCUGCCUGAACGGCACGUCUGCCAUAGCCACCUUUUGUCUGGAGGUUUUUAUGGCAUCUGUCGAUCGUUGAUUUGGACAUUGGCAUAUCAGCCAGGUUGAUUAGCGUCUGUCGUUUUUUUUUUCUCUCUGUAAUCAAAAAGCUCCAGACGCGGGAGUGGGCUUACGAGGCUUCAUCUUAGCGAACGAUUGUCAGGUUGGAUGUUCACUAUUAUCUUGGCGGUUUCUUGCAGAUUCUUCCCAUACCCAGAGGUUAAUGUCGUUUACUUGUGUUUUAGUUGGCUUUUCGGCAUGCAUCCUUUGAUCAGGAUUUUCUUGUUUGUCUUUUUUUUGUUUUAUUUUAUUACCGGAACAAAUAAUGCACAUUAUUCAAAGUUUGAGUUUGGUUUAUUUGAUAUUUUACCUGCGUAUGGACUACCUCUUUUGCGCCAUGUACAGGUUUUGAGAAGCGAUAAUGGGGGCUAAAGUGCGGCUGAUCGGGGCUAUGCUCGCCU